AUGUCUGAAUACGCCAAUGAAAAUCACAAAACACAACUCGGAACCGAUUAUCCUCCCAGUAUCGAUCCCACCAUGGCCGAACGACCGCAGAUGACGUUGGCCGAGAGCCUCAGUUUCGGCCAGAAGCCUUCCGAGGCACGCCUCUCCAUCCCGACACCAGCACGAAUCCCGCUCGCAGGGCUUAUUGGAUUUGGCAUCGGAACUACUUUGGGUCUCGCCCAUGGAGGUCGCAUAGCUCAGCUGCGCUUCCGUGCUGAGCACGCGCACAAGAUGCCAACAACGACGACCGGAUGGUAUCUCUACCACAAGAGCAAGAACUACCACACCAUGUACGGCGGCCUCAGGGAAGGCUUGACCAUGGGAGCCAGACUUAGUUUCUGGACCCUCAUGGCCUUUGGCUUGGAGAGCACCAUCGACCGGUAUCGAGGCCAGAGCGAUCUCAUCAGUACCGUCUCCGCCAGUUUGACCGUGGCCGGUACUUUCAGUCUGUGGAAUCGCUUCUCUCUUCCAACGGCAGCUCGCACAGCAAGAUAUGGCCUCCUCUUUGGACUGGUAUACGGUGGAUUACAGGACGCUGUUGGUCUUGCUCGGGGCCGUCCCAUUGGCUAUGUGGAAUCUCUACGCAGGCGGUUUGGAUCUGGCAAGACACCGAAGGCCGAUCAGCCUCAGAGUGGUUAA